UUCUGGAACGGAUUAAAACUCUGAGACUUUGACGGAUUCUGAUUUCAACUCGUUCUUGUUGAUCGGAGACUUGUUGUUGUUGACUUUGCUCUUACGUUGUGUGGUCGCGUGGAGACGUGAAGAUGCCGUUCCUGCCGGUGAAGUUCAACCUGCAGAAGCGGGUGAAGCUGGCCCAGGGGCUGUGGAUGCUCUACUGGCUCUCGGUCAUCGUGGGAAUUCUCCUCUUCAGCCUCGGAAUCUUCUUCAAGAUCGAGCUGCGGAAGAGAAGCGAGAUGAUGGACAACAACGAGAGUCACGUGGUUCCCAACCUGCUCAUCCUGGUCGGCGUGUUGGCGUGCGCCAUCAACGCCUUCGGGGGCAAAGUGUGUCACGACUCUCUGGACCCCAUCAAGUUCACCCGCUGGAGGCCGAUGCUGAAGCCCUACCUGCUGCUGUGCUGCGGCUUCAACGUGCUGCUGCUGCUCACCGCGCUGCUCUGCUUCCUCAUGCAGUUCGCCGUCUACCUGACGCUGGCCGAGGGGCUGAAGAACGGGAUCAAGUUCUACAAGGACACGGACACCCCGGGACGCUGCUUCAUGAAGAGGACGCUGGACGUGACGCAGGGCGAGUUCCGGUGCUGCGGCAACAACAACUUCAGGGACUGGUUCGAGGUUCAGUGGAUCAGCAACCGCUACCUGGACAUGAGCAAUGACGAGAUCAAAGAUCGUCUCCUCAGUAACGUGGAGGGGAAGUUCCUGAUGGACAGCGUCCCGUUCAGCUGCUGUAACCCCGGAUCCCCUCGCCCCUGCAUCCAGCAUCACCUGACCAACAACUCCGCCCACUACGACUACGACCACCGCACUGAGGAGCUCAACAUCUGGGUCCGCGGCUGUCGGGAGGCGCUCUUCUCCUAUUACAGCGGCAUGAUGAACAGCAUGGGGGCGCUGGUCAUCCUCACUAUCAUCCUGGAGGUGAGCCUCAGCCAAUCAGCACCCUGAAUGUUCAGACUCACAGCAGGAUUAGCUUAGCAUAGCA